AUGCCCAGAGGCUUAAAGGCUGUCAAUGAGCUCCGUAUCCUUCGCUACAUGCUAGAAACUGAAAAAUAUUGCUCCAUCUUCAAGGAAUUCCCUUACUUCAACAGGGUGCAGUCUGAAGUUUUUGAUGAUGUGAUGAACUCGGACAGUUCCCUCGUCGUAGCUGCCCCCACGGGGUCUGGAAAGACUGUUAUCUUUGAACUGGCCCUCAUACGCCUUCUGAUGCGGAAAAGUUUUCAAGAAAUUGAUAGAAGCAGCAGAGCAAUCCAUAUGGUACCGCUGAAGGCGAUCUGUGCGGAGCGCUACAAGGAUUGGCAAGAGAAGUUUCGUCCGCAUGGCAUCUCCUGUGCGGAGUUCACUGGAGACACCGAUGACAGCCGAGCACUGGAAAGCGCCGAUGUUGUCCUGACUACUCCGGAAAAGUGGGAGAGUGCUACCCGCCGCUGGAGGGAUCAUCCUACUCUUAUGAAGUCUGUCUCACUCUUCCUUAUUGAUGAGAUCCAUCUGCUAAGCGACGACAGCCGUGGGCCCGUUCUAGAGGCUGUUGUAAGUCGCAUGAAAACGAUGCAGUCAGCUCAAAAAUCAGCGUCAGGUCUCAGGUUCAUUGGUGUCUCUGCAACAAUACCUAAUGCGGAUGAUGUAGCAGAGUGGCUUGGAUCGAAAGAUUCUCCAGGAAAGCAUUACGUCAUUGGUGAAUCCCAUAGGCCAGUCCAACUGAAGAAAGUUGUCAUCGGGUACCCCUACCGACAGGGAGGAGAGUUCAAGUUUGAUAUUUCACUCUCCUACAAGGUCCCUGCAAUAAUUAAUUCGUACUCAGAGGGCAAACCCACCAUUGUGUUUUGCUCGACACGGAAGGGAGUAGUGCAGACAGCCACGACCAUUGCCAAGUGCUCCCGUUUUGCUGCUAGCGCUGCUCAACUGCAACGUCUGAUAGAGAGGGCUGCAUUACUUCACGACAGCAAGCUGAAGGAACUGCUGUCAGCAGGAAUAGCGUACCACCACGCCGGACUGGGCAUGAACGACAGGACAAUGAUCGAAGAAAUGUUUCAGUCUUGUGACCUCCCUGUACUGGUUUCGACCAGUACACUGGCUAUGGGAGUUAAUCUGCCAGCUCAUCUUGUCAUCAUAAAAUCUACCACGACGUACAGCCACGGGAAGAGCACAGUCUACCCCGACCACCAGGUUGCUCAAAUGAUCGGUCGUGCAGGACGACCGCAGUUUGACACAUCUGGAACAGCGGUCAUCAUGACAAAGGACUCUUUAAAGGAAAAGUAUGAAAAUUUCCUGCACGGAACACAAAUGGUCGAAAGCAGCCUGCACAAGAGCAUCGUGGAGCACCUGAAUGCCGAAAUUGUGCUUAAUACUAUAACCGACCUAUCGGAAAGCGUAGAAUGGAUAAAGUCUACCUUUUUUUACACUCGUGUUUUGAAGAACCCUACGUACUAUGAAAUCUGUCUCAAAGGAAUCAAUGCGCUUGCUGCUGUUCAGCUUGUAAAUAUGAAUGCUGAUUCAACAGAGCUGACACCAACAGAGGCUGGCCGUGUUAUGGCUCGAUACAGCAUUUCAUUCGAAACAAUGAAGAAGUUUGCUGAUAUGCCACAGAGAGUCACCCUUUGUGAACUUGUGACAAUGUUGUCUACAUGUGCGGAGUACAGUGACAUUCAACUGAGAACGAGUGAAAAAAUGACUCUGAAUGCACUAAACAGCAGCAAGUCAUCCACAACAAUACGAUUCCCUCUAAAAGGCCGCAUCAAGACACGAGACAUGAAGGUGAACUGCUUACUGCAAGCCAUUCUGGGCUGUCUCCCAAUAGCAGACCCAUCUCUAGGACAAGAUGUAUCACGCAUCCUGCGGGUUGGCCAACGUCUCUCCAAAGCCCUGCUCGAGUACAUACUGCAGAGGCAGCAGAAGUCCUUCAGCAGCAUAGUCAAUGCAGUGACCUUGUGCAAGUGUCUACAAGCCAAGCUCUGGGAGAACUCGCAUCACGUCGCCCGACAGAUAAACAAAAUAGGUGUAGCUCUGUCAAAUGCGUUUGUCAAAGCUGGCGUCACCAGCUUGGAAAAAAUCAUGAGCUCCAAUCCCAGGGAGCUAGAGUUGAUUGUCAAGAGAAAUCCUCCAUUUGGAUCACAAAUCAUCGAGGCUGUCCGCAGGUUCCCGAGAUAUGAUGUGUCAGUGGAUCAGGCGUUACCGGUACAAGACAAUCGCGCAGCAAUUUGUGUCACGCUGAGGCUGACUAAUGCUGAGGACAACCAGGGAAACGCCAUGUUUCAGCCAGCCGUACACCUCCUUGUUGGCGAUGCUGACGACAAACCUGUCUUAAACCAGCGCAUUGAGCAACGUGUUCUAACUUCUUGUGGACCAUGGAAACGCACACUCACUGUGACACGAAGUGCCAGCGGGGAAAAACUGACAGUAAAUGUCGUCAAUGAGAAGAUUGUUGGGGUGGACAUACGGAUGACGUUCACCCCAAAGUACCUCACGCCUCUCAAGAAACUUGAGACGGAUCAGCAAGGCAUCUUUAGCAAGACACCAAAGGCAAGGUCAUCAACUCCGAAGCCCGCUCAAAGCAAUGGUGCCACGCCAUCAACUUGCGGCCACAAGUGCAAUGACAAGACAGCGUGCAAGCACAACUGCUGCAAGGCACAGUGGACACCAACUAAGCAGACGGAGUUCGUGAGGAACUCAUUACCGCACACAGACGUACCUCUUCGCUCCCCUUACUUCAAAGGCAGAGCACCCCAGCCAUCCAAUCACAUUGCUCCCAUAUUCCACAGCCUCUCACAGAGAAAGAGGAAAGUGCAAGAAAAUGGAACGGGAGCAGCACAGGAAUCUGUAGGAGAGAGCACCUUGAAGCAACCGAAAGUUACUGCGGACCAUAAACCGGAGAGAGAGAUACACAUUUCAAGCCAAGCUUCCCGUGCCCGUGCUGUGCCUCCGCGCCCGAAUGUUAAUGUAAAGCAGCCUUCAGUGGUACAGGAUAAGCUUCUAUUGUCUGGUGCGAGCAAUGUUUCAUCUGCCACCAGCAUUGAAAGAUCAAAACGAACCAGACACAGGGAAGAUUUUGACCUCGAAGUUGAUGAUUCACUGGAUGGCCUAGAAGUAGACGACCUGUUUGGUGAAGUAGACAACAGCUUUUUAAUAGACAGUGCUGUACUUCAAGAUGAAUGCAUAAUUGAGACAGCCAACAUUGAGGAUCAUGAGGACAACCAUGUUCAGAACAAAGGUUCUGCGUCUACCAGUAACAUUCCUAAUGUGAGCCCCAAGACUCAAAGACGACAUGGAAUCGGCGGAGGUGAACGUGUGGGAUGUGGACCUUCAUCCUCCAAUUACAUUUCAUCACCGUGGUUCUCAAACGGCCUCGAACAAAGUGCUGCAGGCUGUUCUACAACAAGAAAACCAGUACAGCGAGAAUGUGUUGAAGCAUUGGAGGAUGCUAUUUCAAAAUAUUUUGGCGACCCCGAAGAAGAGCUUCGAAGAGUAAUCAGCAUUGUCAACCAGCGAUACUGCAAGAAGGGUUACUUCGACAUCAACGCAGAAGAAGAUUAGCACAUCUCGCUCGUGCUUCAAGGCUAUGUGCCACAUUCAUGUAUCUUACGUUACUCAU